GUUCGAAACACUGGGUGGGCCAUGGCCAACACUCGCGGGAUCGCCGCGACGAGAUGAGGUGUUUCCAUUGAUGGAGGCCCUGUCCUUUGCUUUGAAACUCGAUGGUGAGGAGGAAGUUCAUUGCGAGCUCCAUGCGGAAGGGGAUGAAGAUGAUACCGUGGUGAGGAUAGGCCGAUGUCCCAAGAGUGCCAUUGUCAUCAACCACUUGGGGGUCUCCUGGAUCCAUGUAGAGAUCAGACUUCGUUCCACGGAGGAGCCACAAUUCUCCGUGCGAGAUGUCUCUGCGAAUGGCACAGGGAUUCAACGCCCAGGGGAAAAGAAGAUCCAGUGGCUCAAGCGCAAUGAGGAUCAGCCUCUGGCGCUGACGGAGAGCAUUGUUCUGCCGGAGAAGGUGAAGAGCAAAGGUCGCCCGGAGGACACCAUCCGGCGCAGCAUUGGGCUGCGGCUCCUGAACGCCUCAGAGGCUACAGCGUUGCGAGAGAAGCGCGAAGCCAAGGCCAUGAAGAAGAAACAGAAGAAGGAGAAGGAGGCAGCUAGAAAGAAGAAACUCGAGGACAAAGAAGCCAAGGGCAAGGGCCUUGAGAGCGAUGUCAAGGUCAAGCAGAAAGAGGAGAAACCGAAGGCCAAGGAGGAGUCUUCCAAGACCAAAUCCAAGGACGACACGAAGUCUAAGAAGGAAACAAAAAUCGAGAAGAAUGAGAAGAAGGAAUCCAAAAACACCAAAGCCAAGAAGGAAGUGCCCGAGAAGGUCAAGGAGAAGUCCAAGGAGAAGUCAAAGAAGGAGAAAGAGGAGAAAGUGGAUGCAAGAAAGAAAGAUAAGAAGGAGAAAACAAGCAAAAAGGAGAAAUCGAAGAAGCGAGAAGAUCGAUCUCGAAGUCGAGAUGCAAGGUCAAAACAGACCAAAGAGGACUCUCGCAAGCGGCAGCAAGGUGUGGCUGAAGUGACCACCAGAGUGCCAUCCCCGGAAGAGGAAGAAGCUCCGGAAGAGGAGCUUCCACCAGAAGACACUCCAGAGGAACAGCUUGAGGAAGAGAAGUCUCCUGAGGUGGCUGAGAAGGAGGAAGAAAAAGAAGAGGAGGAAGUAGAGAAAGAGGAUGAGGAACCUGAGAAAGAGGAGGAGGAAGCGGAGAAAGAGGAUGAGGAAGCUGAGAAAGAGGAGGAGGAAGCUGAGAAAGAGGAGGAAGAAAAAGACGAGGAGGAAGUGGAGAAAGAGGAGGAGGUGGAAAAGGAGGAGGACGAGGAAGCAGAAAAAGAGGAGGAGGAGGAAGCAGAGAAGGAGGAGGAUAAAGCUGCAGACAAGAAUGGCGACGUCGACUCCGAGGACGAUGUGGUGGUGGUCGAUGAACCUCCUACAGCCGCGGCCGCUGUGCCAGUUGCCCCUGUAGCUGAGGUGCAGCAAGAAGGACAACUUCCCAGAUGGGUCAAAGUUGGAAAGAAGGUACAAUGGUUUUCCAACUCGCUGAAGAAACUAAUUCCCGUGCGCGUGACCAAAGUGGACCAUGAGAGGUCCGUGGUGAUCGCCACCUUUGAAUCGGAUCAUAGCGUUUGGAAGAGCGUGCAUUUUGGCAUCCUGGGCCGAGAGGAUUGUCCUUUGCGUGGACCAGCUGGUGAGGAAAGCAGUGAGGAUGAGGAGGAGAAGAAACCGCGAAAGAGGGCCAGAAGCAGGACGCCAGAUGUUUGGGAGCAAGAACGGCGGCGCGUGAUUGCCACACAGGAAGCUGUGCGAGCGGCGGAACGUGCGGACGAGGAGCGCCGCAAGAAGGCGAUGGAGGAGGAGCACCGCCGCAAGGCUGCGCAGGAGGUGGAACGGCUGAAGGUUCAAGCAGCCUUUGAACAACGAAAGAAAGAAGCCGAGGAGCAGCGGCUCAGAGAAGAAGAAGAAUGGCGAGCGAGGCUUGUGGAGCGGCGGAAGAAGGAAGCAGCUGAAGAGGAGAAGAGACUGCAACAGGAGGAGGAGGAGAGGCAAGAACGAAAACGACGACGGAAGGAAGAGAAAGAUCGCGAACGCGCAGAACGGCAACGCCAGGAUGAGGAAAGAAGAAGAGACGAUCCUCGGAAGAAGGAAGCAGAGGAGGACCGAGAGCGAAAGCAACAGGCCUCCAUGGACUUCUUCGAACAGGUUUGCAGCGCAGAUCCCACCGCCACCGGGCGUCCAAACCUUCCGCAGCUGCGGCGGAAGGAUGAUGACGAUGACUCACCCGAACUGCCGGCUUGGGCUCGACCGCCGAUGGCUGGGAUGGGCUUCAACCCGGGCAACGGUCACAGCGCCUUUGCAGCUGGAGGAGCCAAAGGUGCUGCAAAAGGCUGGGACAAAGGUUGGGGUGGUGAAAUGGCCGGCGGUGGGGCCUGUGGCGGCAAAGGCGCUCCCUACGGCUACGCCGGUUACGGUGCCUAUGGUGCCUACGGUGCCUAUGGCGCCGGCGGCCCCAACGGCCACGGCGCUCCGGUGCCCGCCACAACGCCGGCGACCACGAACGCGAACGCUGCGGCACCUCCGUGGCGGAGUGCCGAAGCGAGUCGACCGCCACCGCCGCCGGUGAAAGGAUGGGGGAAAGAGGCUGGACAUGGCGGACCUGGACCGUUUCCCGGAACUGGAGGUGGAUUCCUCUUUGGGAAAGGAAAAACUGCGAAAGGUUGGUGAAGCUUUGAAUUGUGCAAUACUCUGUAGAUAGGAUCUGCCAGAUGAUUGCAGCAAGGAGAGCAG